AUGUCGCAGCAACAACGAGUCAGCAAUGACGAGUUCUUCACCCGCCUUACCACCCUCCUCGCCGACACACACAGCACGGCCCAUGGCUCGAUAUACCUAACACAGAAACCCGCGGCAGAUCCUCGCAUCGUGGACGCCGCCACUUCAAACGAAAUAGAUGCUGCCAUAGACGGUCAAAUACUGAUCCGAGCGACAAACGGCCUGUCGAAAGAACACCGGGGCCGAGUUAGCAAAUCCAGCCUAAAAUCCAAGGCUGCCCAAGGUGGGAACUCCAAGGGCAGACCGAAAGUCAAGCUCGCUACGACAGUGAACGUAGCGGAUCUCGACGCCUUCUAUGCCCGAUAUGCGGAGGUGUGUAAGAAGGGGAUGGAAGGGUUGAGGAAGCGUGAUAAGAAGAAGGCCAAGGUCAAGGCCAAGGCAAAGAAGAAGGGGAAGGGAGCAGCGGGUGCUGCAAAGACUGCGUCGUGA